ACAAUUUUGGCUUGUUGAAGCUGCAACACAUGAUUAGAUUUUGUUGAUAACAUUCGAUCAAUUUAACAAAAAAAAAUGAAUUAUUUACAAGCAAAAUUCAUCAUAAUUUUAUCUUGUUCUAUGACCAUAAUGGCUAUGAAUAAUAAAUAUUCUAAAGAAGCUAAUAAUGAUGGUUAUAGAUCAGAUAAACCAUUUCGAAUGCAAAAAUUGAAUAUUCUUUGGAAUCAAGCUAAUCAAAAACUUGAAACGAUAGAAUUAUCAAAACUUAUGGAUGAUCUGAAACAUCAGGAUAUAUCGGAAAUAGAAUUGAAAAAAAUAAAAGCAGAAAAUCGAGAUCCAGAUGGAAAAAAGGAGGCCGAAGUUCGACGUCAAUUGCGAAUGAUUUUGAACAAAUAUGGUCUGGAAACCGAUUCCAUGUCGAUAAAUGACACUACUACAUCAUCUACUGUAGAAAAUAAACAAGUGUUUUCAGAUAAAAAACUCGAAGAUCUUUGGAAAAAAGUUCACAAAUUGGAUCUGAAUGAACAAGAAUUGACAAUUCUGAAAGAAGAAUUGAAAAGUUUUGAAAAUCAAUUACAUGAAUAUCAUCGACUAAUCGACCAGAAUCUUGGAAAACGAGAAAAUCAUUUAUACCAUGACGAUGUCCUCGAUAAUCAUAUUGAUCCAAUGAAUCCAAUUGCCAGGCAAUCUCAAAAUGAAGAAAUGAAUGAAAAAAUUCAGCAAAAACAUUUAGAACUCAAAGAGGAAUAUAAACGUAUUAGCAACAUGGUUUAUGAUAAAGAUAUCAAAUUCAAAGGAGAAUUUGAUGAAAUACAAGCUGCCAAAUUAUGGCAAUUGGCUCUUAAAUCCGAAUUCAAUACAAAUGAAUUAACUGAAUUGAAAGAAAAAUUGUUACAUUUUCAAAAUCGAAUCAAAAAAUUAAACUAUUUUUCCGGUCAACUACAAACGCGCAAUCUUAAAAAACAAAACAAAAAUGUCGAUGAAAGGGAUGAAAAUUCUUCCGAAAAAAAUCUAGACAAACAUAUCGAAAAUCGAGUGAAAGAAUUGGAUGGUCAUGUUAAAAAAUUGCAUCAACAACUGGAGGAAACAAUUCUGAAUAAACAUUCCGAAUUAUAAUCAUCAGAAAUCUAAAAUCAAAGUCAUUGAAUGUGUUGAUUAAUGUGUUAAUUAAUAUUUUUUUCUAUGUAUUUCUUAUUGGUAAAAUUUUUUUUUCAAAAAUAAAAUAUAUUCGAACCAUUUCGCAAUUA